AUGGAGGAAGAAGUCCAAUUGAUGGCAAUGAUGCCACAGUUACCUGAAGAAAUACUGAUAUGUAUUCUCUCCAGAUUACCAGUAGAGACGCUAUUGCGAUUCAGGUGUGUAUCCAAAGGCUGGCGCACUCUAAUUAGUGACCCUAAUUUCAUUACCCAACACCUCAAUCGUUCAGCUGAGAACUACCCCCGUCUCAUCCUUGGGCAAUUACAAAAUUAUGAAAUUUUUAACAUAAACUAUGAGACAUCCAGCGAGGUGCUUAGAUAUGAUUUUUCCAAAUUUUCUCCUGGUUUCUCAUUGUUGGAGAUUGUUGGUUCCUCUAAUGGCUUGGCGUGUUUAAGCUUUGCCGAUGCUUCAUCCAACGAUUGCAAGGUGGUAAGUAUUGACUACUAUCUCAAGUAUGGAAGGUUGGGAAAAACUAUAUAUCACUCAGAAGUCAAGGUGUACUCUUUAAACACAGGCCUGUGGAGAAGAGUUGAAGAUGCAUCUUUUAUUAUCAGUCUAGGUCGGAAAAUUAAACUGACGAAUGCAGUAGUUAAUGGUGCUAUACACUGGAUGGGAAAUUAUGGGAACUUUCGUUCUGAGUUUAUUAUAUCAUUUGACCUUGGACUAGAGAAAUUCCGCGAAAUCCCAGAGCAUGAAUAUCGACAUGGAGGUAUAUCGUUUUCCAAAACCCUUGGAGUCUUAGGAGGAUGCCUUUCUGUGUUUGAUGUUUAUGGUGACCAAUGUAUUGAAAUAUGGGUGAUGAAGGAUUAUGGCGUGAAGGAUUCUUGGACUAAACUGUUCACCAUUGAUGCCCUGCCAAACAUUACAGCAUCUGUUCCAUUUAAGUCCAUACUGCCAAUAACAAUAAGGAAGAAUGGUGAAGUUCUUAUGGAAAUUGGUAUUGAGCUGGUUUCUUAUGACCCAAAAAGCGGAAGACAGAGUGUAAUUGGACCUGGCGGGCUUUCAACAUGUUUUGAGUCUUUUACUUAUGUGGAGAGCCUUGUUUCACUCAAGGUUGGCUAUGGACAGGAGGGGGAACCUUAA